AUUUAAUGUUUAACAAUGGCUGCGAAAGGAACAAAGGAACGUGUCUCGGAGAAUAGUUGUUGCGCUGGCAGCGGAGCAAAAGAUCAGGCGCGCUAUGAUCACUACCGGAUAUAUAAUGUCCAGUUUGAUAACGAGGAACAAAUCAAAUUGUUCCAGAAACUUGAAGAGCAGAGCGAUAGCCUCACCUUCAUUGGCCACGCACGUGAAAUCGGGCAAAAGCUUUCAAUAUUGGUUGCAGCACAUCGCGUUGCAGACUUUGCCGACUUGCUGGAGACCUACAAGCUACAACAUCGAGUUCUGACAUACAAUUUCCAGGAGAAAAUUGAUCGUAAUAUGGGGGAAGUUGUGCCAGAGGAUGUCGAUGCCUCCAAAUUGGACUGGCAGCACUUUUUCCACUUGAAAACCAUCUACAGUUGGUUGGAUCGGAUGGCUGCAAAGUAUCCGGGUCAGUUGAAUGUACUAAAUAUGGGCACCAGCACCCAGGGAAAUGACAUAAAGGGCGUUAAAGUGGGAAACAAUCCGGCGAAUAAGGCAAUUUUUAUUGAGAGCGGCAUCCAUGCACGCGAGUGGAUCGCCCCUGCCGCAGCCACCUACAUUAUCAAUGAGCUGUUGAGCUCGACAGAUGAGCGCAUUCAGAACUUGGCCAAGAACUACAAUUGGUUCGUCUUUCCAUGUGUCAAUCCCGAUGGCUACAAAUAUACAUUUGAGCAUGAUCGCAUGUGGCGUAAAAAUCGCCAAUUAUUCGGCACGUGUCGGGGUGUUGACCUGAACCGCAACUAUCCCGAUCAUUGGAACUCUACGGGCUCCAGCAGUGAUCCCACUCGAUAUGAUUUCGCUGGACCCAGCGCAGCAAGCGAAGUGGAGACGCAGCGUCUGAUUGAGUUUAUACGCAAUAAUGUUGAAAAGGAACAGAUCAAGACGUACAUUUCCCUACACUCUUACUCACAGAUGCUCAUGUUCCCAUAUGGCUACACCAAAGAGCAUGUGUCCAACUACGACGAUCUGCAGGAAUUUGGGAAAAAGGCAUCGGCCGCCAUCAAGGCGGAGAGUGGACGAGACUACGUAAGUGGCAAUCUGUAUGAGACCAUUUAUCCAUCAAGCGGUGGUAGUAUGGAUUGGGCUCAUGCCGAAGCUGGUAUACCAAUCGCCUACACAUUCGAGCUACGUGGCCCACCCGAUAGCCAGGAUCUAUUCAUUCUGCCCGCUGUGGAAAUACAGCCAACAGCCAGUGAAGCACUUACAGCGAUUCGCACCAUAGUGGAGGCUGCUGCUGAGAAAGGCUACUACAAGUGAAUGAUUUGCACAUUAUAUUAAUUACUAUAAUAUAGAAGAACUUGACGUAUAACGAUAUGGAGUACUAAGAAAAUUGUUUUACAAGCGAUGUAAUCU